AUCAUCUCCAACCACCAUCGCCGCCCCAGCAUCUUCGCCUUUCACCUCAAUGGCCACCAGGCAGGGCAGAAGUGAGGUUCCGGACUCGGAGGACGAGCCCAUGACAUCUUCGCCGACCAACACCUUCGAUGAAGCUGUUGACAAGCUUUUCACAAUGGCCCCUGCUGGCCCGACCCCGGGCGCCCAGCACUUGGUCAAUUGUACCCACCAAGCGUGCACACAGCGUGAUGGCUACGCUGUCUCCGACCAAGCUGAGAACCUGCGUGUCGAUCGAAACAUUGCUUUAGUGGACGUUGACGAGUCGAAGUUUGGGCAAACUAUCAUGCAGCCAAACGACGCAACAGUACAAGAAGGCACAAUUGUCGAAGCGAACGGCCAUCGCCUCGAUCCUAACGCAGUAGAGGCCUCAUUGCAGCCAGCGUGUAACACCAGUAGUAUACCAGCUGAACAUGAAACCUCGAUGAUGCGGACGAUGGAGACGGAUAGAGUAGCUAAUGCUACAGCCGACGAGUACUCUGGAGAGCAGUCCACCGGCACAAUCUUCAACCAUGAACCCCUCGCGCCUAAUGAGAAGUUGAUAGAAGCUAUGUUUGACUUUGUGCACGAUGAUUCCGAGCAACAGGCGUCAUCUGAGGCGAUGCAUAGUGAAAUUGGGGGCAUCACAAAGCACGGCUGCCAUUUGCCGCAGCUCCUUCAUUUCCCAGACAUUGCACCAAACGACAUCAACGAUGCCCAGCUGGGAGGCCAAGCAACGAGAGGCGAGGCAGCUGUUCCAGGCACCGAAGACGAUGCCUUAGAAAGCGAGAGCACUACACACACUAUUAACGAUGUAAGCGUCUCCCUACCGAAACAUAAUCCGUUCCAAGAGCACCGAUCGAGAGAGGAUAAAGCGUGGUCUGCUACAGAUUUGACUACACACCUCAGCCGUCCCGAGCCGCUCGCACCAACACCAGCGCGCCCCACUCAUCCAAAGACUCCCCAAGAGAUUACCCUGGCCGAGCUCAAAGCGCAAAAGGCUACUCUGUUAGCCACUCUGGCCACUCUACCAGCCCUUCAAGUACUCAUCGAAGAGAUCGCUUCAUCCCAGGCGGAAUUGUCUGAUGACAAUGUUGAGCCCACGGAGGUCGACAUCAUGGGUGCAGCAAACAAGAUUGUUAAGGACCACAUCAAACUACUCCACGAAUAUAACGAACUGAAAGAUGUAGGACAAGGUCUCAUGGGUCUGCUCGCGGACCAGCGUGGCGUAAGGAUCUUAGAGGUGCAGGAGGAAUUUGGGAUUGAUGGAAAAGACUGAAUCGCAUACAUCCAUGGUUCAGGUGACUGACUAUGUCGCGAUAUGAUCGUCCGAUGCAUCUUAUGCAGCUCAUGCGACGAAUCUGGGGUUGUACUCCGGCGCUCGCCACGUUAUCUGUCGAGAAAAAAUGGGGACAUGUGGCGUUGACGCCCAUCUCCGUCUCCGAACAUCAGCGCAGGAACGCCUUCAGCAAACCUGUGGAGAGGAAAGAGAUUUGAUUGGGCGCAGGCCCUUCCAGGCGAUUCCAUGGAUUGAGCUACUGUAUCGGCACGUUCUCGGUGUUUGGCAUUGAUAGUCCGCAUGCGAAUAGGAAUGCUACCCGUGCUCAAGCAACAACUGCAGAACCUCCC